AUGUCGUUCGGUGUCAGUAUCGGCGAUGUUCUUUUGAUAACUAAAAUCGGGUUCAAGUUAUGGGUAAACGUUAGCGGAGCCAAAAAAGAGCGCGAGGACCUGACGGCGGAUUUAAUGAAAUUAAAAGCUAGGGAACAACUUUCAGAGGCCUUAGCGACCCUAAAUGUUCUCGAGCAGCUAAACCGAAAGCUUGUGAAAGGAAGGUCAUUCCGGCGAGCGGCAUGGGAGGUACGGGGAAGGGAAAGGUUUCAAGAAUACAGGUCGAAGCUCGAAAGAGGUCUUGCUACGAUAGAUAUGCUCUUCCUUAGCGGCUCGAUGAAAAUGGUCACAGACGAAGUUCGAGAAACCAAUGUCGUCUUGAAACGAGUCGAAAACGGGAUGAAAUAUGUCGGCUUUUCUCCAGACCAUGAUCCAAUUAGAUUUAUUGACGCACUGAACGGACAACGUCUAUUACCAUGGGAGUUGUGCUUAAAAUGGGAGGAUUUUCGGUCUUUGAUCCAAAUGAGUUUCAAGGAAUCUGCGGGAAAGUCAUUUGUUGAACGUGGGGAAUACGAUAUCGUGAACGAAGAGAGCGGCGCGCUCAUGAGAAUGGAAGAUUGGCGUAACAAUAUCAGGCCUGGCAUUCUGCUUUCAAUGGCAAUAGUCGUACGGAAGAAGAUAGAAAAAGGCGAAAAUGACUAUAGGUGCCCGGCUUGCAAAACAGAAUACACCGGGUCCGUUGGUACUGGCUACCAGCUAGAGCGCGUGAACUGUACGUAUUGUAAACGGUGGUUUCAAAUAACCUCGCAAAUUACGGUUGUUGAAAUUGAUCCGGAUGCCACCGAGCAACAAAACGGUUUAAGUUCGAAUAGUGGCGAGCCUUCAAAGGAUGACGACUUGAUGCAUAUACAACGGUUUCACAUCCGUGCACAAACCGGAGUGAGUAGACCCCACACCGCUGAGGACUUCGAUGAUGUGCUGACCGUGGUGAGUAGACCCCACACCGCUGAGGACUUCGAUGAUGUGCUGACCGGAGUGAGUAGACCGCACACCGCUGAGGACUUCGAUGAUGUGCUGACCGUAUACAGCUGGGGGUGA